CACCACAAUGGUCGCACCAGGAGAAUAUUCUCUUCGUCUUCAGAAAGGCAUGACUGGUGGUUUCGCGCCCCCAAAUCCCAGCGCGAUCGUCACAAUGACGAAGCCCUCUAAUGUAUCUUGUUUGAACAUCGCUGCUGCCACUCGCGAACCCGACGCCCCAUCCCUUCAAGAUCUCGCUCCCAAAUCGAUUGAUACCUCGAAAGAGCACACCGCGGAGCUCCUCAACGAACUACACGAUAUCCUGCACAGCAUCCCGACUGAGUCGCCUCCAGGGUCAGAGGAUAUUUAUGGGCUAGACACGAGCAUCGCAUGGGGCAGCGAGGAUCUGCAGUGGAUGAAUUUGGGGCCACAGGGGUGUGCUCGGGAGCAGAGCUCGGUGCAGCCUACGCCGGAGGACAAGAUCAAGUUUAAGCGUGCAGUUGAUAUCGUCCAUGAGCUUAUGGGGAAGGAUGAGUAGACGAUGCGAUAUUGGGAAGGUUUAGGAUUAUGACAAGGA